AUGGAUGCUGUUGAUAGGAAUCGGUACAGGUGGCAAAAAGAAAUUCCGUCUUUCUCGUCGACUUUGCUUGACAAAAUCUACCGAUCGAUCGAUGAAAGAGGUGAUGAGGAGAAAUCGGUGGUUUAUAGAGAAACCAUGAAGAAGAGACAAAGCAUUGAUGGUUGUUUCCAUGUUGAUGGUAGCGGGUCGAAGAAUAUCAGGGGAAUGGUUGUUGGACGAAAAUCAGUUGCAGGUUUUGAAAGUAGUUCCCGACGAAGUGAAGGUAACUCCUUCUAUAAUUCAACCCUCGGUUCUUCCUGUUCUGGAUAUGGCGUCGGAUUUUCGUCGGAGGAGGAGGCUGAAACAGUAUACAGAUGUCCGGCGAGACCUAAACCUAUUCGUACGAGCACCCACAAUGCCAAUGAAUGCAACAAACAGAGUGUUACGUAUCCCCAAAAUCAUCAACCUGAAGAUUUGCAACCAAAGGCUAAACGUAAAGGCAAGUUUGGGAAGACGAAAUCGGGAGCUAUGAAGAUCUAUGGUUACCUGAAGAAAGGAAAGCGACCGCUUUCUCCGGGAGGUCGAUUAGCAGUUUUUUUAAUUUCACUUUUCACUACUGGAAACGCGAAGAAAUCGUUCUGCGCUGGAGGUGACGAUGAGGCGGUAAUUCAUGGGAAAAGGGAAUCAAAAUCGGCCAAUGCUUCAAUGCCUUCGUCGGUAUCUUCAUUUUCACGAUCGUGUCAGAGCAAAACUCCAUCGUCGUCGUCAAGAGGAAACAUAAUCACCACCGAGAUAAAAAGAUCUGUGAGGUUUUAUCCAGGCACUGUGAUUGUCGACGAACAUCAUCAACCUCGUGAACGCAAAUCAGUUAACGGAGACCGAUCUGAUUCACUUUCGGUAAAAUUUUCCAGGAAUUCAGUCAGCGAAGAGAUACAAAAGCAUUCGACAGAGAACAAAUUCCAUAUCGAAGAAACAAAGAGAAAUUUAUUGACGAAUUACCAGAAGAAGGUUGAAUAUCCGUUUGAUUCGAUUAAAACUAAUGCCGUUACUGACAACGACGAAGACGAUGAAGAUGACUCUGCAAGCUAUGCAAGCUCCGAUCUCUUUGAAUUGGAUCAUCUUUCCGCCAUUGGAAUGGAUCAAUGUAUGAAGGAAUUGCCACUUUACGAAACAACUAGUAUUGCUGCAAAUCGAGCCAUUGCUAAUGGUCACCUUGUAUGA